GUCUAUCAAAUCUUUUGUUAAAGAUGGAGAAAUCAUUGGAUGCAACUAAUGAAAAGGUUAGCCAUCACAUAUAUGAUGAUAUUGCUUUUGUUAUUUUGUCUAAACUUCCUCUCAAAUCUUUCAUUCGAUUUUCUUGUGUACGUAAAUCAUGGUCUCUUUUAUUUCAAAAUUCUUAUUUCAUGAAAAUGUUUCGAACAAAUUUCUUAUCCAAGGAUCAUUCUCAUUACAAUGAUACAUCUAUUCUCCUACAACAUAUUACACUUCAUAAUUACAAUGUCUGUGUGCCUAAAUUAUAUUCUCUAUCUGGAGAGAGGUUUGAGAAUAUGGUUAAAUUAGAUUGGCCAAAUCCAUAUGAAGACCCGUUUGAUUUUAUUAUCCUUGGUUCUGUUAGUAUUAACGGCAUUCUUUGUAUUCAAGAUGCGGGAAGAGCUGAGGGAAUUCGGUGUAUUGAAGAACUGGGGAGAUAUGUACUGUGGAAUCCGGCUACUGGGGAAUUCCAAAUCACUCCUACUAGUACUUUUGCAUUUGAAUCUCCUUGUUGGGAUCCCAUUAUUGAUUUUCAUGGAUUUGGCUAUGACCGAAUUAGAGAUGAUUAUAAGGUUAUCCGGCAUGUAGUAUUUCAUCCUGGAACCGAUGAAGAUGAAGAUGAGACAUGGAAAGAUGGAUAUCAUUCUCCCUUAUGGGAAAUAUAUUGUCUGAAUAGUAAUUCUUGGAAAAAACUUGAUAUAGAUAUGCCUAGACAAUAUGAUGGUAAUGUCGGUGUUCAAGUGUACGUGGAUGGAGUGUGUCAUUGGUGGGGUGAAAGUGAAAGUGAUAGUGAAAGUGAAAGUGAAACAUGUGAUGAAGUUUAUUUGGCGUCAUUCGACUUAAGCAAUGAGGUAUUUGUAAAAACAUCCAUACCCUCAAACAUGGACGAUACUGAUACUGACAUUGGUAUUAGAUGCUUAGUAGUGUUAAAUGGGGCAAUUGGUUGGAUUACAAAUUAUCAUGAAGCAACAACUUUUCACAUAUCAAUUUUAGGUGAAGUUGGGGUAAAGGAGUCAUGGACAAAACUAUUUGUUGUGGGUCCAUUGUCUUGUGUUGAGCAUCUUAUUGGAGUUGGCAAGAAAGACGAUAUAUUUUUCAAGAAAAAUGAUAAUGAACUAGUUUGGUUUAAUUUAAACACUCAGAGAAUUGAAGAGCUUGGUAUUAAAAGUGACGAUGGUUGCAAGAUAGUGCUUUACAAGGAAAGCUUUCUACCAUUUGCAAGAAUCAAUAAUUAG